AGCUAUUCCCCAUAUUAUCUGUCCACUGCUCACAAAGCUUCCUGUGUGAUGCUCAACCUGAACGUGAAAUCACAGCAGCAUCAGUAACAGCUGCAAACCGACCAAAUCCCUUCCACACGUCCUCUUUUAUAGUUCAGUAAAGCACUGGCAUGAUGCUAGCUUAAGGAUUGUGAAAUAUCUACGAACCUCUCCUCACACACAUCUUGCUCGACCGGCAUCGCUGCUCUCUCGGUCGCCAUGGUUGUAGCUCCCGCCAUCCCAGACCUCUUCGAAGAGGAAUUGCAUUCUGUCCUUGCUGCGCGAACCGAGUCUCUUCCGGCUUUGAGAGAGCUAGGUCCACCGGAUCUGGUACACUUGGUCAAGCAGCCUGCGAAAUCCCCGACCAAGCAGUUCGGUGUUUACCACCACGUCACUGGAGUCGACGCCUCGACUUCCGCGAGUCUUGCCGCUUAUAUCAAUACUCUCACCUAUACUCCGCAUGAUAAGACGAACAAGGUGGCCAUUCCCGGCACCGUCGAAGCAUACUGCAUAGACGAACGAGAUAACAAGAGAGUCGCGACCGAUGACCUGUGGCUGGAGACAUACCUUUGCAGCGUCCUUCGCGCAUACUCCUACGCGGACGAUGGCACCGGCGAAUCGAUCAAGCGGAUAAUCGGCGUCCGACGAUUCAACCCGAUCACGAGCACCGACUCGGAACACAAGUUCAUGGACGCGGCGGAGCGGCUGUUCUUCAAUGGCUGGCAGCUGGGCUCGGAUCCGGAGAUUCAGGUGCCGAACCUGGUGUCGAAUCACUUGACCACGGGGUUGCUGAAUUACAUCCACACGACUGGUCGAUAUGCGUCGGGGAUCAAUCUGUUCGAGAAACUACGCUCCAAGGACCCGGAGAUCUCCUCGCUCCUCGCGCGAGUGUACUUCGCUGCCGACGAGGAGGUCAAGGCGGUUCAAUUACUCCACGAGGCGAUCCAAGAACUGCCGAUGGACUAUUCCCUCCUCGACUGCCAAGCCGAAUUCUGCAACAAGAAGAAUCGCCCGGACUUGGCGCUGGAAAUCGCGAAGCGCAGCGUUGUCUCGGCACCGAGCGAAUUCGGGACGUGGGCUAGGUUGGCGGAAAUUUACAUCAGCAUGGAGGAUUGGGAUCUCGCACUUUUGACGCUGAAUUCCUGUCCGAUGUUCACAUAUCAGGAUAAGGACGCGCCUCGGCUUCCCGAGCCUUUGCGCGUGUCGCUACCGAUCCUACCUGAAAGCAUGUGCGAUGAAAUCGACGAUAGUCAGACGCCGGACAUGGAGAUGGUGCAUCCCCAACUGCGGAAAUUGCAUGCGGCUAGUUUCAAAGGGACGUUUUUGAAGGCAUACACUCUCCUAACCGAGAUCACCAAGAAGAUCGGCUGGGAUCAACUCCUGAAAAUCAGAAGCCAGGUGUUCGUCAUGGAGGAAGAGUACCGCAACGAGAAACAGACCGUCCACAGCGUAUCGCAUAGUCGCAACGCUAGCACCACUGCAUUGCGGAGCAGUAGCCCUGCCACGAAUGGACACGGAGAAGACGGCCGGAACAAGGACGAUGAAGACGCGGAGAAGGAGGAGAAGGACGAUGACGAAGACGCGGAGAAGGGAAGCGAAAGUGACGAUUCAGCUUCACCAUCACAGAGCGAGCCUUCCAAGGAUUCUAACAUGGGAUUGGAAAGGCCGCAGUUGACCGUCGCCUCAGAAGUCGUGCAUGCUGGAGGUAGCGAUGAUCCCGAGGGUGCAAACAACACCAACUACACUCAAUUCCGAAACAAGCGGCUUUGCGAGAGGUGGCUCGACAACCUCUUCAUGGUCCUGUACGAGGAUCUGCGCGUCUACACCAUCUGGCGCACGGAAAUGGCGCAGUACCGACAGCAGCAGCUCGUGUACAAGAAAUCGGCCGAGGAAUGGGAGAUCUUGGGCGAACUGGCGGACCGACUGCACCAUUACGAUGAGGCGGUCGAAGCCUACCAAGCGUGCUUGGGCAUUCAAUUUUCCCCUCGAGCGAUGAAGGGCGUCCUGAAGAUGUACGAGAAAAACGGAGACGUACGAUUGAUACUCGGGGGGUUGAUUCGCCUGGUGACCUGGCAAUAUCGUUGGUAUUCAGAGUUCUCCCCGGUGUUGCUCUUCACGGUUCGAAAGUUGAUCGAGGAUGAAGGUGGCGUCAAGGUUCGGAGCAUCAUCCAAGGAACCAGCAUGCCACAGAAUGUCCUGGAUCUAACUCACCAUUACGCUCAACUAUGCUCAAGCUUCAAGAGUUCGGGAAGCGAGUCGUGA